AUGAACAAGGAAAAUAUACUGGACCCCGAGAGCGGGGCGAUAAUCGUCGUCCGAGAGUCCAAGGCCAAGGGACAUUGUCUCUGGCCAACUCUCUGCGCCGUGGCCGUGUUGGGCUUGGUCGCCGUCACCUCUUCCUUUCUUCUGUUUCAGCAGAGAGGGCUCCCAACGCAACAGAAGUCCAGCGCUUCCCAGUUGCAGGAAUUGGAGGCGACCUCAGCUGACAGCGAUUUGCCUCGUCUCAUGAAGCAGGUGGGAAGCGACCCGAGGGGGAAGAUCGCCGCACACCUCACCGCGGACUCAACCGUGAAAGUCGGGGAGGUCAUCUGGCAGAAAGACACGGACUCCACCUUCACCGAGGGUGUCGACUUUGAGAACAACGGCCUGGUCAUCAAGACCCCCGGCCAGUACUUUGUCUACACCCAGGUGGUCUUCUACCAUGGAGGCUGCCAGGACAAAGCCAUCUACCUGAGCCACAACAUCACCUUACACUCAAACAGUUAUGAUGACGAGACCCUGCUCCUGAAGGCCACCAAGUCGGUCUGCCACUACGGUCCACACCAGCAGCACUGGUACAAGACCUCCUACCAGGGGGCCAUCUUCCAGUUUGGAGAGGGAGACCAUAUCUUCUCCAAGGUCAGCGAGAAAGUGGAGAGCUACGUGGACAGAACCCUAGGAAAAACCUUCUUCGGAAUAUUCGCCUUGUGAGGAACCUGGUGAAUGGUUGGGGUUUUCAGGCUGCAACGUAACAGACACUGGAUGGGACACGUUGUCCCAGAGAACACUUACUGCACAUUCAGGUUUAUUUCGCUAAAGUACUAACAAGAUGUUUACAGUUUUGAGGGUUGGGAUGGUGCAUCAGGUUCAGACACUGCACUCUCUCUGGAUUUGCAGAGCCUAGAGCUGCCCUUGGGCUCCUUGAGACCACUACCAACCACAACCGGCCUGGAUGUCUUUCUCUCUGGAUUCAGGAUUCGGGAUGAAGCAGCCAGGUGUGUUGGCAGGCAGCUGGAAUGCGUUAGUGGCAAAGGCUCUGCGGUGACACAGCUGAGUGGCUCUUAGAGGGGUGAAUGUCUUUCCCUCCAACCCACCGAUACAGUUAGAGGUAAUUACAUUGCAGUGCGGAGUUCUUGAUGCUAAGGGGAAAAUUGUUAGUGGCAAUUGUAAGAUGUCCAUGCUCGGAAUAAUGAUAUUCCCUUUGAAGAUGUAACUGAUAUAAUUUAUAUUUAAUUUAUGUUUAAAUUUAUAGAUCUGAUUGAAACAGGUACUCCUGAGGGAGAGUGUAAGUGGACAAUCCCAAGAGGUAGCAAGCAGUGUAUGAUGUCUGAUAUUCAGACUGUUUAGCUCGUGAGGCCAGUUAUUGAUCCUGAAGGGGUCUGGCCAAUGCCUUAUAGUCUCUCUGUGUUGAGGCUUAUGUGAGUCUUCCAUGGUUAAUUAACAGCAAAGGCUCUGAGCUUCCAGAUUGGUGAGGAAACCCAGUCAAACACCCACAGUCAACUUGCUUUCCAUACCUCCAAUCUGACUGGUCACUUUUUGGGGGAAGAUGCAACUUUUCUGCACUGUGACUAGUUACCACCUCACCAACAGAAAAUAAUCCAUUCUGUGAACAGUAUGAAUCAUCUCCCUGCACAAAAGUACCCAGCGGUGGAUAAUUCGGCCUGUUUCCUGUUGCUGGGUCUUUUUUGAAUGGGAUGUGAUCUGCUCUUCUCUGAAGUUGAACAUUGGGAGCUUCCUGGGUUUCUGGGCAGUUUCAGAGGAGAUACCACGUUCUCUCAGGCACCUGAAUCACCCACUCACCAAUCUAAUCCCAGAGAGAAGUCAUUUAGUUUCAUUCAGCAGGAAUUUCCACUGUUCUACA